GAUAUAUAGAGAUUGUACAGCGAAUAUGAAUUCACGCAGUGUUGAAUUUAUACUUUCGUAAAUAAUUGAAAGAACGCCUUAGUGUUCUUAUGUCCAUCGUUUUAAAAGAAAAAAUACUACUGAACAAUUAGCGAAAAAGAAUGGAAACAUUACGAAACAACUAUAUAGUCAUUUUAUUGGCAGCCGUUUGCUUUGCGCGGGAGCCUGAAUGUUCGCGGUUUCAUUACGAGGAAAAGUUGUUAGAAAAAGCGAUCAGAUCGGAAAUAAGAAUGGAAGCGUUUGGCGAUUCGUUGAAGGAGGCAACUAGUUCAAUGGAUGUACAAAUUCAAAAGAUUACAGAACUAACAAAUGCAGUGCAAAAGCAACAUGAAGAAAUUGAAUCACUGAAGACCGGGGACUUAAAGAGCAGCAGUGUAUACACAAGGUGGGGUCGGCGGUCAUGCCCUGGAACCACGGAGAUGGUGUACGAAGGGUUUGCUGCCGGUGGAGAUCACAACCACAAAGGAGCAAGCAGUAAUUAUAUUUGUCUGCCUCAGGAUCCAAUCUAUGACGACGAUGGACGGAAUGCGGCUUCCGUUAGCAAGAUUUACGGUGCUGAAUAUGAAAUCGGGUCUGCAACGUUUCACACGAGUUUACAUGACGAAGAAGUUCCAUGUGCCGUCUGCCACGUUGUUGGAAGAAGCGUUGUCAUGAUUCCGGCGAGGAAUGCCUGUUACAGUGGAUGGCAUACCGAAUACUCUGGCUAUUUAAUGUCGUCUUAUCACGGCCAUGCAGGUAACAAGGAAAUCGUUUGCGUGGACGGAAACAGUGAAAAGGCAGAAGGGAGUGAUGGUGGAGACCAGAAUGGUGCACUGUUUUACUUUGCUCAAGCUGUUUGUGGCUCGUUAAAGUGUCCUCCAUAUAGCGAGAACAAGGCGUUAACCUGUGUGGUUUGUUCUAGAUAGAACAUUUCAAAACUUCCUUUAUUGCGUUAAUAAAGCGCCAUUAACAAUACAUUGCACGUCUGAAUCUUCAGCGAGGAUCGAUUGUUUUAAUACAAACUUAUUGACCUUCAUCAUCAAUUAAUGUUAUUGUUAAAUGUUUGAUUAUACCGUUACUUUGUACAUGUAUGUUGCUGCUUUAUAUAGAUAACUCAUGUAAAAACAUAUGUAUAUACAUAAAGUAUAAAUGUACGUGAACUGUGUAUGCCUGGCGACCACAUUUAUGUUUGUAUGAUUUGAAUGGUUGGUAUUUGUCAUAAAGGGAUAUUUAAAACUAUUAAAGAAAUAAUAUUACGAACGCUUCCGAUUUUAAGUUAAAAUACACAUAAUUGGGUCACCAGGCACAAUACAUCAUUUUCAUUAUCAUUUUUACAUAGGAUAUCUGAAGUUCAGUAGGUAGGUUUUGCUCGUGUAUUUUAAUUUUCUGCUCGUGAACAAAUAAAUAUAAUGCAUU